GAUACCCGGCGCAAGCGCAUAUCACUCCAGUAGCAGCCUUCCAGCAGCAGCACAACCACACCAAACACAGCCAACAUGUUUGCUAGAACGAUCCUCUCGAGGCAACUCCUCCGCCCGGCCUUUGCCGCCCCAGCAGCAGCCCGCACCUCCUUCCUCACCUCGAUACAAGCCCGUUUCCUCUCGGACCAGACAAGACAAGCGAUCGACAAGGCCGUCUCCUCGGCGCCCGUGGUCCUCUUCAUGAAGGGCACCCCCGAGACGCCCCAGUGCGGCUUCUCGAGGGCGUCGAUCCAGGUGCUGGGCAUGCAGGGGGUGGACCCGGCCAAGUUUGCGGCGUUUAACGUUUUGGAGGACAAUGAGCUGAGGCAGGGAAUCAAGGAGUACAGCGACUGGCCCACCAUUCCCCAGCUCUACAUCGACAAGGAGUUCGUCGGCGGCUGCGACAUAAUCGUUUCCAUGCACCAGAGCGGCGAGCUGGCGAAGCUGCUGGAGGAGAAGAAGGUUUUGGCUGUGGAAGCUGAGGCUGCUGAGGAGGAGGCCAAGAAGGAGUGAACACUGUCACGAUUACAAAGCAAAGCAGAAAGAAAGAAAA